AUGGGUCUAACCUCCUCAAAACUGUUGGACAAACUGCGGGGGAAAAAUAAAACGCGUAUCGUAAUGGUAGGGAUCGACGGUGCCGGAAAGACCACUCUGCUCCAUAAGCUUAAGCUCGGGGAGAUCGCCACCGUGGCCCCGUUGACCGGAUUCAAGGUGGAUACCGUCGAAUAUAAAAGCAUAACAUUUCUUACAUGGGAUCUGGUUGGGCGGGACGAAGUCCGAUCAUUAUGGAGAAAAUAUUUUCAAACCACUCAAGCCAUCAUAUUCGUUGUUGACAGCAGUGAUCGCGAUCGUAUACCGAUCGUGCGAGAAGAACUGUGGCGCUUGUUAAUGGAUGAUACGCUCAAGGAUGCGCUGCUUCUCAUCUUUGCUAAUAAGCAAGAUUUGCCUAAUGCGAUGAAUCCCGACGAGUUAACUGAUAAGCUGAGUCUUCAUGGCUUGGGACAUCGGCCUUGGCAUACGCAACCCGCCUGUGCCAUAUCUGGUGAUGGCCUCUACAAGGGCAUUGAGUGGGUGUCCAAACGCCUGCCCAAAGUCGAUGAUACGCGAUGA